AUGACAGGGCGACCACCACCGCCCCCGUCGGGUGGCUACGGAGGCGCGCGCAACAACGACCUGCUGCUCGACCUUGACGACCAACCCGUCUACGGCGGCGGCCAGCGCUCUGACCUCAACGACGACGACCUCAUGCGCACCUACACGCUCGACCAGGACGAGACCCUCCCUACACGGCCCUCUGUGUCCUACGACGACUUUGUCGGCGCCGGCGAGACCACACACCCCUCCGUCAAAACGAGUCGCGGCGGCGCCAAUGCCUUCUCGUCUGCCGCGGCCGGCGGUGGCAGCAGUGCCUCCCGAGGCGGGAACAGCAGCGGCGCCGGCGCCUACGACUCCUCCUAUGCCUCUUCGUCCUCUGCGCGGCCUGGCGGCCCCUACUUUACCGAGGCCGACCGACAGUACAGCCAGACAUCGGGCCUCGGCAACUACCAACGGUACGCCGACGACUUUGACGACUACCCAGAAGAUGGCCAGUCCUACUACCACCAGGGCGGCCGCAUCAACUCGGGCGACUCGCCGGGCCACGCCAAUGCUCGCAACCGCAACAGUGUUCUCGGCCUCGGCGGCGGCCUGCUCGGCCGCGCCAAGAACAUGUUCGGCCUGGGACAGGCCGGUUAUUCCGAGAUGGAUCUGCCUCUGACGGAAUCGGCCGCGGGACCCGCAGGGCAGCGUUCAGGUGGCAGCGGUGGAGGUGGAGGCGGUGGAGGUCUGGCACCGGGAGGCGAUGGCCGGCGGCAGAAGAAGUCGUUCGACAUGGGCAACUUCAAGUUCGGCUUCGGCCGCAACAAGGUCGACCCGGCCACGCUGGGCCCGCGCAUCAUCCACCUCAACAACCCGCCCUCCAACGCCGCCAACAAGUACGUCGACAACCACGUGUCGACUGCCAAGUACAACAUCAUCACCUUCCUGCCCAAGUUCUUGUUUGAGCAGUUCUCCAAAUACGCCAACAUCUUCUUCUUGUUUACUGCCGCCCUCCAGCAAAUCCCCAACCUCUCGCCCACCAACCAGUACACCACCAUCGGCCCCCUCAUCGUCGUGCUGCUCGUGUCGGCCGGCAAGGAGUUGGUCGAAGACUACCGCCGCAAACAGGCCGAUCGCGCGCUCAAUAUGUCCAAGGCGCGCGUAUUGCGCGGGUCGUCGUUUGAGGAGACCAAGUGGAUCAACGUCGCCGUCGGCGACAUUGUCCGUGUCGAGUCCGAAGAGCCGUUCCCUGCGGAUCUGGUGCUGCUGGCGAGUUCCGAGCCCGAGGGUCUUUGUUAUAUCGAAACCGCGAACCUCGACGGCGAAACAAACCUCAAGAUCAAGCAGGGUCUGCCCGAGACGGCGACCCUCGUCAGCUCCAGUGACCUGAGUCGCCUCGGCGGUCGCAUCCGCUCCGAGCAGCCCAACAGCAGCCUGUACACGUAUGAGGCUACCCUGACGAUGCAAGCCGGCGGCGGCGAGAAGGAACUGCCGCUCAACCCCGAGCAGCUGCUGCUGCGUGGCGCCACGCUGCGCAACACACCCUGGAUCCACGGCGUGGUCGUCUUCACGGGCCACGAGACAAAGCUGAUGCGCAACGCCACGGCCGCGCCCAUUAAGCGCACCAAGGUGGAGCGUCAGCUCAACAUGCUGGUCCUCUUGCUCAUCGCCGUCCUUUUGGCGCUCAGCAUUAUUUGCACCGUCGGCGACCUGGUGUGGCGUAACAAGAGCGGCAAGUCGCUCGACUAUUUGUAUUUGGCCAAGACCGACUCGGCCGGCUCGGCCGUUUCGACCUUCUUCAAGGACAUGGUCACGUACUGGGUGCUUUUCUCGGCGCUCGUGCCCAUUUCGCUGUUCGUGACGAUCGAGCUCGUCAAGUACUGGCACGCCAUCCUCAUCAACGACGACCUGGACAUGUACUACGACAAGACGGACACGCCCGCCAACUGCCGCACGUCCAGUCUGGUCGAAGAGCUGGGCAUGGUCGAGUACGUCUUCUCAGACAAGACGGGCACGCUGACGUGCAACAUGAUGGAGUUCCGGCAGUGCUCGAUCGCCGGCAUCAUGUACGCCGAAGACGUGCCCGAGGACCGGCGCGCGACGGUGCAGGACGGCGUCGAGGUGGGCGUGCACGACUUCAAGCAGCUGCGCCAGAACCUCAAGACGCACGAGUCGGCCGGUGCCAUUGACCAGUUUUUGAGCCUGCUGGCCACAUGCCACACCGUCAUUCCCGAGCAAAAGGGCGGCGAGAUCAAGUACCAGGCGGCAUCACCCGACGAGGGCGCCCUGGUGGAUGGCGCCGUGACGCUUGGCUAUCGGUUCACGGCGCGCAAGCCGCGCACGGUCAUCAUCGAAGCCAACGGCGUCGAGCAGCAGUACGAGCUGCUGGCCGUGUGCGAGUUCAACUCGACGCGCAAGCGCAUGUCGUCCAUCUACCGGUGCCCCGACGGCAAGAUCCGCUGCUACUGCAAGGGCGCCGACACGGUGAUUCUGGAGCGGCUGAACGACGACAACCCACACGUCGAGGCGACGCUGCGCCAUCUCGAGGAGUAUGCCUCCGAGGGCCUGCGCACGCUGUGUUUGGCGGUGCGCGAGGUGCCGGAGCACGAGUUCCAAGAGUGGCUGGGCGUCUUUGAAGCGGCCGGGACGACGAUUGGCGGCAACCGCGCCGACGAGCUCGACAAGGCGGCGGAGCUGAUUGAGCACGACUUUUACCUGCUGGGCGCGACCGCCAUCGAAGACAAGCUGCAGGACGGGGUGCCCGAGACGAUCCACACGCUGCAGCAGGCGGGCAUCAAGGUGUGGGUGCUGACGGGCGACCGGCAGGAGACGGCCAUCAACAUUGGCAUGAGCUGCAAGCUGCUGAGCGAGGACAUGAUGCUGCUGAUUGUCAACGAAGAGACGGCGGCCGCGACGCGCGACAACCUGCAGAAGAAGCUCGACGCGAUCCGCACGCAGGGCGAGGGGCUGGCCAUUGAGAUGGACAACCUGGCGCUGGUGAUUGACGGCAAGUCGCUGACGUUUGCGCUCGAAAAGGACCUGGAGCGGCUGUUUUUGGAGCUGGCCAUUAUGUGCAAGGCGGUCAUCUGCUGCCGCGUGUCGCCGCUGCAGAAGGCGCUGGUGGUCAAGCUUGUGAAGCGCUACCAGAAGCAGUCGAUCCUGCUGGCGAUUGGCGACGGCGCCAACGACGUGUCGAUGAUCCAGGCCGCGCACAUUGGCGUGGGCAUCAGCGGCAUGGAGGGUCUGCAGGCGGCGCGGAGUGCCGACGUGUCGAUUGGGCAGUUCCGGUACCUGCGCAAGCUUCUGCUGGUGCACGGCGCGUGGAGCUACCACCGGGUCAGCAAGGCGAUUCUGUACUCGUUCUACAAGAAUAUGACGCUGUACCUGACGCAGUUUUGGUACACCUUCCAAAAUGUCUUCUCCGGCCAAGUCAUCUACGAGUCGUGGACGCUGUCGUUCUACAACGUGUUCUAUACGGUGCUGCCGCCGCUGGCGAUGGGCAUCCUGGACCAGUUUAUCUCGGCACGCCUUCUCGACCGCUACCCACAGCUGUAUGGCCUGGGCCAGCGCAACGAGUUAUUCAGGAUCAAGAUCUUUAUCGGCUGGAUCCUGACGGCCACGUACCACUCGAUUGUGCUGUACGUCUUUGGCGAGCUCUUCUGGUACGACGACCGUAUGCUCAGCAACGGCCAGACGGGCGGGCACUGGGUGUGGGGCACGGCGCUGUACGGCGCGGUGCUGUUGACGGUGCUGGGCAAGGCGGCACUGGUCACGAACAACUGGACCAAGUACCACAUCAUUGCCAUUCCCGGCAGCAUGGCCAUCUGGCUGGGGUUUAUUGCCGUGUACGGCACCGUGGCGCCGCUGAUCCGCAUCUCGACCGAGUACGAGGGCGUGGUGCCGCGGCUCUACUCGAGCGCCGUGUUCUGGCUGCAGAUGUUCGUGCUGGCGAUCAUGUGUCUGUUGCGCGACUUUGCGUGGAAGUACGCCAAGCGCAUGUACCGUCCGGAGACGUACCACCACAUCCAGGAAAUUCAGAAAUACAACAUCCAGGACUACCGGCCGAGAAUGGAACAAUUCCAAAAGGCGAUCCGCAAGGUGCGGCAGGUGCAGCGGAUGCGCAAGCAGCGCGGUUACGCCUUCUCGCAAGCAGACGAGAGCCAGACGCGCGUGCUGCAGGCGUACGAUACCACCCAAGUGCGUGGUCGGUACGGCGAGAUGGCGUCGUCGCGGACGCAGUAA